AUGCAGCUGUUGAAGAGGAAGGUGACAUUGGGACAACGUCUCGGCGGGGAAGAAGCUGAAGCUAAAAAAGCGAAUGUGGACUCCAUACAGCAAGCACGAAAAGCAGUGGCUUGCAUUGUGCUUCAGUGCUUCACUACGUUCAUUGACGGCUUCAGCCAUGAUGAUCAACGAGAGAAGAAUGCGUUGGAUGAUGUGCUUGGUGCUCUUGACUAUGUCCUUGACAUCAGUGACAGCUCCACCUCAGCACGCGAGCCUGCCAGGAAACGUUCCAAGACCAGCCGAGGAAAACUUGAUGGCCAACAUGACACGGGUGAUGCGUCUUCGGCUUCGUCAAGAUUGAAGACGAUCUCAUUUUGUGUUUCCCUCUUCCUUGAGUUUGCAUUCCAAGGCGAGGUGUGUGUGGGUGGCAGGCUCAUCAAGAUUUACAGCAGCUUGCGCUCAGAAUUGCAACAAAUCAUGCUCAGUGCACAAGACACAUUCUCAGCAAAUUCCGCCGAUGGCAAGAAGGUGGAUGCAAUGGAGCUCGCUGCGCUGUUGACUGAACAAUUUGCAGACAAGCCUGUGAUGAGUGUGGUUGGUGAUGAUGAAGAAGAGGCAUGUGCAAAACGGGUGAUUGCUGCAAUGAACAUUGAUUCUCAAAAAGAAGCCAUCAUCAAGCUGCUCCAGGAGUUUGUCACCAAGCAGCUUCACCUACCUCUUUUGCUUCACCCAGUGCCACAGCAGACUCUGCUUGGGCUGUCAGCCUUGUCAACAAAGCUGAACACAAUUGUUGAUCUUGUGGCAUUUGCCCAGAGCAAAUUGGAGGAGUUGUUUCCUUUUGCUUGGGUGCUGUUUGCGUCUGAUGUCUCGGAAGUUUUCGUUUGCAAAGGCCACUUCAUUGAAGCCAGUGGUCAGGUGUUCAACAAUGACCGAGAGAAUGUCGACAGAUUGACUUCUUUGAGGUUGCAAUACUUGAUGCUCAUCCUGAAAGAGGCGGUACCUUCUGUGUCCAACAUCAGUGAUCAGGAACGCAGUCUGAUUUUGCAAAUGGCAGGACUCCAGCUUGAUGAUUCACAUUUUGUUUGCUUGUGCACCUGUGACUUGCUGAUGAGUUCCACUGACUGGUCUUUGACGUGGUCCAAACAUCUUUCAGAAAGUCAAGAUGUCGGGACAUUGUGUGAGGGCAUGAUGGCAACCUUUGGAUUGGAGAGGGAUGCCUUGAUUGCCAAGAACAAUACCAGCAAAGCAUGCAAAACAACAUCUACCUCCGCUACAACACCACCUGAGGUCCCAGAGGGGAACGCAACGGCCCAACGACCCGAAGAUUUGGAAGGCAACAAUGGGAAAGGAGAUGGAGCUGCUGAAGCGGCUGAAGCUGGCGAUGUUGAAAGUGGUCAGGCUAUGUUUGCCGAAUCUUUGCAGGCAAAGUCAUUGGGCUUGUCCAAGUUCACAUUCUCAAGCUCUUUCUUCAAAUGCUUGCAAUCACAGCUUGAAGCAGCUUUGUGGCAACACUACUUGCUGAACACAACCAAUGAGAGCAGCAAUGUGGUUGUCAACAUGAGUGCCAAAAAGACCGAGACAUUCGUUAAGCCAAGACGUGCUUGCCAUUCGUCACUCUGUUUGGCGUCCCCUUUUGGAUUGAUGAUUGCCAAUCAGCUGACAUACUUAUUGGUGCCAGCAUGGAGCUGCAAAACAGUGACGAGGGCAGACAUUGCAUACUUCAAAAUGCAGACCAAAAAGUGCAAAGUCAUCAUUGUCAAUGAGAACAUGGCAGAAAAGUCUGAGAAGAAGCCUGAUGAUGCUGAUGUGGCAAUAUUGCCAAUGCUCUCAGUCCUCCUGGUCCAAGUUGAUCAAGCAGGAACAGGAUCCAAUGAUGAUGGCGAUGCCGGUGAUGUGGUUCCCUCGUGGGCAUUGAAGCACAGGCAUUGCACGACGGAUGCUGUUUUGACAAGCUUGGUUCCAUUGUCAGAUGUGGAAGCAAAAGUUCAAAAAGAAGUGGCACUGCAGAAGCAACGUGCUGAAAAGCAAGCCAGGUCUGAAGUUGACAAAUUCCUGAAACAACGCAAGGAUCAGCAGCAAAGUCAAUCUCAGCAGGCUCAGGGAAAGGUCAAGAAGGAGAAAAAGCAUGCCAAGGGUGGUGGUUCAUCCGUGGACAACCUUGCUGAGGCAUUGUAUGUUGAUGGUUUGCCUGAUGACCCAAAGGCAAAGAUUGCUGCUCUGGAAUCGAUGGUUGCCACGCAGGUGAAGUUGGACAAUGUGAUCAAGAACGCCAAAGAGAAGAUCACUGUACCGGACAAAGUGGCGAUCACCAGGAUGGCUUCAGAGGAAGCGAAGACGUCAUCAUCAGGUCGUGCGAAGGCAAUGCAAGAGGCAUUAGCAGCAGCAAAGCUCGCAGAGGAGGGCAAAUCCAAUGCAGCGCAGGAAAACGAAGAGAUCAUCAAGGUAUCUUUGGGGCUGGGUGCGCUACGUGGUUUUGCAGACAAGUCAUCCGGGAAGACCAUCGCAAAGAAAACCAAAGACAAGAAGGCAUCGGAAAGUACCGAUCAGUACAAGAUGGGGUUUCCAGCUGAAACCAUGGAAGAGCUUUUGAAGGCUUCUGGAAAAACUCACAGCAAGCUCAUGGCGCUGCUGGAGUAUGACAGAUGGGAGGCAACAUGUGACCUCCUCCGAGCCUGUGGUGAAGCAUUGCGCUCUCCAGAACCUCCUCCAGCACGUGGUGAUGAGAGCAACAGCAGUGAUGAUGACGACAGCAUUGGGGAAGCUCCGGCUUCGGCGGCUCCACCAUCCCAGAAGUGGGAAUGGGAGUGGGAGUUGGUGGAAUCGAUGAACAACAAGGGACGGAAAGCGCUUAUGUGCCUGUUGUCAUUCCUGCUCGGUUUGAUGGUGCUACCAGUGUUCGCUUUCAUCGCAAGUUUUAGCAUUGAUGAUCGAGAUCCCAUCUUUAUUGUGAUUCCUUGCUUAUCCUCUACUCCAGAAACUAUUUUGUGUGCUCACCACAAAAUGGUGAUUUGCGCUUCGUGGAUUUUGCAAUCAUUGCUGUUCCACAAGCCAGAAGAAUCAAUGAUUUCAGCUCUGUUGCUGCCCCUUCUCUUCGGCAUUUUGGUUUGGCAAACGUGGCGCUGGGAAACCUUUGAUGACUACUACUUGCUGAAGCGUGUGGUCUCGGUUGUGACCACGUAUAGUUUGGAUCCAUUUUGGACCAUCUGGUGGAGGCUGAGUCAGCUCUUCAUUGUUAUGAGCGUUUGGAGAUUCCUGAAGGCCAAAUGGCAAAGCAUUUGCGAGGCAGUGGUAUUCUAUGAUAAGCAGGACUCAUGGAUUCUAUGCUCAUCUUUCAUCGGCUUCAUUUGCAGUCUCUGCACCUGGAGCUAUUGGGCGGAUUAUGUCUUGCACGUGGACAUCCACAGCACCAAGAGUUUCAUCCUUGGUCUCAUCAUCGGUGGCCACAUCAUCUUGCGGCAGAUCCCCGAUGAGAUCUUACAAUCUUAUAGCGUCGACCGGAAGAUGAAUUGGAGCCGCAUCAUCAUGUUGGCCCACUUCUGCGGUCUAGUCAAAAUCUACGAAGAGAAGUUAUGGAACCUGCGUUGGUGGGCCGGGCUGCCAGUUGCUGCUGGCAACGUGGUGUUCUUUGGUCUCUUGAUCCAGAUGAACCGCGAGCAUAUAAUGCAAGAGAUCAAGAGUUUCCUGGCAGGACCCAUUGGAAAGGCUGCGGGCUCGGUCAACUGCUGCAAGCUCAACGACUCCCGAGGUAUCCAAGAGUUCUUCCCCCAGCUUAGCCAACAGGUCCACAGCAGUGCCGUGCUGCGGGUCCGGAUUGAGCCGGGCAUCCCCAAACUGUUGGUGAAGAUCAAUCCCAUCGAUGCGGAAGCUUUCCAUGCGAAAAAUCUCGGUGAGGUAACCCUUCGGAAAGGCGUCACAAGCCGAAGCCAGGUUGCAGUUCUGCACAUGAGCCGACAAACUGUGAAAGGAGAGGUCCUGAUGUCUGUGAAGUUGGCGGAUCUUCUAGACCUCGAGGAUGGCGAAGGUGUGGAAGUGGCGGCGGCUGCUUCAGCUUUUGCCCCUUCGUCUGGCACCGGGCGCCGAAGUGUAACUGAAACAGGCAGCAAGGCCGAUCCGCCAAACCAUAGGUUCCCGCAGCCAUCGCCUGUGUGGUCUGAUGCGCCGAAUAAGCCCAAGGCUAGCCUCGAUCCCAGCGAGUGGUUCAGGAGCCUUGAUAAGGAGAACGAUGCGAAAUCCAGGUUCAGUUCCGGGACGUUACCAGAAUGGGCAAGGACCAGCCAAGGAACCAAUGAUGGGAGGAGAAUGAGUUGGUCCCACGAAAGCAGAAUACCGGAAUUCAGAGCUCCCGCGUCUCGCUCUGGGGGGUCUCCUUCUGGAGCGUUUACCUCUCGGCCGAGCGAAGGCGUCCAACGAUCCUCAGGUGAGUUCAGACAUUGCGGCACGGCGAGUGCGCAAAGUCGUUCAUGGGAUUUCGAAUCAAGUAGCACAGAGCUGCCGAAAGCGCGUGGUCCUUCGACCAAGGCUCAAGCUUACCGCUACUCCACGUCCUCCAGCAGUUUCGCAGAGAACCGCCCGUGGAGUCAAGAGAAGCCUCAUGCGCGGCCAGAUGCAAAGGCACUGGCUGCGGGUGGCGGCAUUUCCGGACGAGUUGUGGUGUCUCCAUGUCCAGUGGCUAUCCUGGGAGCCAUGAUCGCCAUGACCGAUAUGGUGGAUUGGAGGCAGUCGGCAGUGGGAGCUGCCGCGGCCCGGCCGAUCCCCGCGCCUGCCGGAGCCGGCGGAGCUGCGGAGCGGCCUGCGGAGCGGCCUGCGGACCGGCCUGCGGACCGGCCCGCGCCGGCGCGGGAGCCGCGGGAGCUGCGGGAGCCGCGGGCGCAUUUGGACGAGGUCUGCAAACCUGAGACCAGCACUGCCACGCGCACUGGUGAAUCGGCCAGUUCACGUGCUGGUGCCUCAACACCCUCCUCUCCACCGGAGUCACCAUCUGAAGGUGAAUCGGGUGGAAGUAGCGGUUCCAACCUGAGCGGAGCCAACAGUUCUGUGUCUUCCAAAGAGAUGAUCAGCGUCACUGGAAAGGCGGCGAAGGCGACGAGUUCGACGAGUUCGAAGUCGCAUCCCUGCGGUACCCCUCAGACGCGGCUUGCGCUGGUGCCUUGCAACGAGACCUGCGCAGCUGGGAUGAAGCGUCGCGAAUCCAUGGGCAGCCUGUUGAGAAAGAGGAGGACCAGCAUGCUUGGCCUGCUACAACAAGAGCUGGCGGAACCCUUGCACGAUGCUUGCAAUCGCAGCAAGGUGCCAGAGAGCUGGUUACCACCUGCAGAUGCCAACACUGGAAGCUUAGAACGCUCAGAGCUGGGGCUGGAGGCAACUGCAGAAGUGAGACGGUGGCUGCUGGGGCAAACUUCAGGACAGCAAUGUUCGCAGGUGAUCUUGGAUCGUGCCCUGACGGUGUUGUCGAACUUCAAAUUGGCCAGUGGUUGUGAGCUAGAGGUCCUUGGAGGACCUUUGGGUGCCUUGGUGGGUGGCUACAGCGAUGCAGAAUGGCUGUACGAUGAGGUCUUUCAGAAACACCCAGCGGAUGCCAUCCGGGAGUCCUUCUCGCUGAUGGGCUUCCGACAGCGGCCCGAUGGGGACUGGUCCAACCUCUCCGUGGAAGAGGUCUCCUUGGUCUACCGCCGAAUGUGUCUCCGGGGUCAUCCCAGCCGUGGAGGAUCGCCAAAGGACUACCUGAAACUGCAGGUGGCAAUGGAGGUGAUCAAAGCUUUCUGCGGAGAUGCGGGACCAUUGCAGUUGAACCAGACGCCUCUGCGACACGAAGGACUGAUGAUCUCCAGCGAUCCCUCCGUGGAGAAAUCUGAGGGGCACUUUGUGUUGAGCGACUUGGCCUUGGCCCAUGAACUGCAGCUGAGUUCGCAGGAGGCUGAGGCGGAGGCCAACCAACUGAGCAGCGAACAUUUGGAGGAGCUGAAUCGAGCCUUGGAUGAAUACAUCCUGAGGCAGAUGUGUUUCAAGAGUGAAAUCGUGGAUGAAAUCGCUCGUCUUCACGAGGACUCCGCAUACGCCAUCUUGGGCGUUCCCUCCAGUGCCACGGAUGCUGAGAUCAAGAAGGCUUAUCGGCUCAUUGCCAUGCAGUGUCAUCCAGACAAAGGUGGCGACAAGGAAGACUUCCAGGAGCUGACGAAUGCCUAUGAAAAGAUCAUGGAGCAGCGCCGUGGGGCUGAUGACAAAGGCUCCAAGGACCGGCGCUUCAGUGACAGUGACACAGAGGAGACGCCCGAACCCAAGAAGGAUCAUGCUGAGCAAAAGAAGGCUGAAGCGAACGCAGAGGAAGAGAAGGAUGAAAAGAAAGACCAGGCCUCGCAGGCGGAAGGAAAGGGAGGCCAUUGUCAGGACAAUGCAACUCUUCUGGAAAAGGCCAGCAAGGCUGCAGAGGAAGCAUCCCGCUAUGCCAAGACGGCCGCGGAGUUCGCACACCAGGCAGCUGAAGCUGCUGAAACUGCGCGAAAGGACCAGGAGCGUGGAAGUCGCGAGGCUGUGAUCAAGUCCGUGGCGCACUCUGCCAUUGUGUACACCCUCACUGUGGUGAAGGCGGUGCGAGCUGUCGGCUAUGCCACCUUAGAUGUGGCGGCGCAGUGCCGAGCUGCAGCAAAGCGAAACCCUGAAGCGGUGAGCUGUGCGGAACACGCUGUGACGGCCAUGAGUUUGGGCCUGGAAGCCCUGAACUCCGCACUCUCGUGUGCAGAGGUCACCGAGAUCACGGCGGCGGAGCUGCAAGCUCCUUGUGGCGCACAAGAGCGCUUCGCAGGUGCAGCGGUGCGGGCCUCGCUGGCCGCCGCUGGGGCAUCCAACGUGGCCAUGUCUGCCGCCAUUAGCGCGGUGGAAGGUAGCAGACAGUGUGCCAAGGCUUUAGAAUCCAAGCGACAGGAUGAGUCUGACGUCGGUGCAGAUGAGGCCACUGAUGCUGGCGAAGGACACCCAGAUUCGGAGGGCAGCAGCGACUCCGAUGAGCGCCACGCCUCGCCACGCAAAACGAACACCGCCGGUGCCGCGCAGCCGGGGGCACCAAGGUGGGAGACCCGGCUGGGACAGCUGGGACAGCUGGGAAGAUACCGCAGAUAG